GGAGGUCCCAACAGCAAAAAGUAGAGACCACUACCAUAACCCAAGUCUUAAAACCGCUCCAUCAGAGGAAGGACGGAGAGGGCGCGCAGCGGAGAAGGGUUUGGCGGCUUCGCCAAGAACCAUGGAUUCAGGUGUUAUAACUCUGCAUCAGCAACAGAGUAAUUUGGGAUUCUUGUUUAUCUUGGAGAACACUGAACCCUGCAUAGAAAUUCCAGAUGGCGGUGAUUUUAUUGUUUCUAGUCACUAGUUGUAUGCAUCAUUGUGUAUGUGGACGAAGAAAUCUGAACAGCGGCAAUGAUAUCAAUAUUUAUGUUUUAAACGAAAAAAAUAAUUCUUUGCAUAUCACUAUCAGUCUAUCACACCUUCUCCACUCUGACCAUUUCUGAACCUUUGGAAGACUAUCAUAAUGUGAAUGGACUUGUUCCCUUGACUGGAGGAGGUUGAAUGGAUCUUUUAAGUUGAUGUAAAAUACAAAGGACAGCAUGGGGACCAACGAUUUUGAUGGUUCAGAACUUGACAACAAGACAACUUCACUUCAUGAUCAGUUCUCAACACAGUUAUCAUUAUCUAGUUCCAAUGAUAGCGAGGAGAUUGCAACUUCUUCAUGUCCUGACAAGGAAUGUCCUUUGGCCAUCCUUAAUUUAUCCCUAAAAAGUUUUAAGCAGGUUGCUACCGAGGAGGAUGCAGUUAAAUGGAGUCUUGAAGAGAACGGUUUACCCUUUGUUCUUUCAGACUCGGAAUGGGGUGAUUCUUCAUAUGCUAGCUCUCUCAGCGAACAAUCAUCUACGAUCAGUACCCCCAGUACGCCAUUCACUGUACAGUCAGAUACUCAGUCUGAGGAUCUUGACAGAACAGAUAUCUGGGUUUCUUCUUUAGAUCUUGAAGCUGAGGAUUCUGCCUUGCUGCCAGACAAGGAACAGCUUCCAGAUGUACUCGGUUUUGAUUUCCCCAGCCCUUCUUUCAGUUCAAUCAGAAGCCUCCAGUUUGGUCCUUCCAGUUAUAGUACAGGAACAUUGCAGGGCAAAGAAGCCAACGACUCUGAUGAGCCAAUAUUCUGGCCAUUUGAGUGCACUUCCUACAACAGUCCUGAAUUUGACAAAUUUCUGAGUGUGUCGCCUCGUAGGAACACAACGGAUCUCAGGUAUGCUGAAGUUCGUCACUUGAAUCCAAUCUUGCAGAGGCUCCGCAAGAACACACUUUCUUCAGUGAAGAAGUGCAUUGAACCGCGUCAAAGGACUAGCAAUUCAGACCCAAAAGGAAGCACGGCCUCCUCCCAAGAGAAGAUUCAGAAGACGCCUGCAGUUCCCUCCAGGUUAAGCAGGACAACAAAAGCAUCUGUACCCUCCAGUCAUCACCAGAAACGAAGGCCACCUCACCUGAAACUUGGUGGUCCAAGAAAGGUUAGCACUCCACAAUUGCAGGCAGAUCAUCAUUCUACUAAAAAGAAUGAAGCAUCAGACGUCCAGAAACUAGCGGAUAAGAAGAGUCGGAUUGAAGAGUUGAUUGGAUUGGAUGAGUUUGAUGGCCAUGAAGGCAUGGGCUCGGAUUCGUCAGACCACCAAUUUAAUCUAUGGAUAUCUCCAAGGUAGUUGGCCUAUGCAAUCAUCCUGCUGUAAGCAACCUACCAUGAGCGAUCCACAUAGGUUCUUCCAUAGGUCUGUCUGUAGCAAUCAGCAGCCAUUACAUUGUGGAUUUAAGUAUCCGUGCAUUAGCAUUGCUGUGAUGUCAAAGGCAGGGUUUUUGUAAACCAAGAUGGUGUGCUUCGUAAUCCUCAAUAUAUAUAGGACCUGUUGUCUGAUGUCAGUUUCAGGUCCUUUUUUUUUGGCAAUGCUAAUCUAGAUCUGACAUCAGAUUCUGGUGCCCUUGCAUCAUGAUGUAGUAUGGCAUAAUGAUAAUGGCAUCUGCAACUGCAACUGCAAAGAUGUAGCAUGUAAAGUUGAAGCUUCCCGUUCAAGUAUCUGCGAAAAGAUGUCAUAUGCAUACAUCUGCAUUAGCAAGUGCAGCAGUACAAGUGCCACUUGUAUUCUUAGCAUUUGUCGCCUACCGCUUUGCUUGGCCAUCCACGCAGAAGUGUUCAGAGGCUUGCAAUGUUUGGUUCACGUUCAGCGGAAUCGACUCAGAUGGCAACAAAUCCUAGAAAGCUGGCGCUGCCGUAUGCAAAAUCCUUUGGCGGCUGCGCUGUUUUGCAGAAACUGAUGGACUACGAGGCGUGAAGAAAAACCCCAUCUCAACACUUUGUGUCGAUGUUAAGAUGAUCUUUUUCGUGUUGGCUGCCGACCACAUCAUAUUUAUAAAAGAGAAAGUUAUAUAGAAAACCUGAUGGUUUCUUAUGUUCCUACGUGGCCCCAUGGAUUGAUUGAUGCUUACUAGAGUUUAGCAUGGGCAAAGUAUCCUGUUCCAUUUC